UAGCUUUCAUGCUCACCAUUUGAACCAGAAUUCCAGCUCUCGACAUUUGUCCAACGCAGACAAGAUGCUUCUUCCACGAUGUCGAGGAGCUUUAACCAGCUCCAGGUGGAGCUCAAGGGCCAAUUGGCCGGCAACAACAUGCAGGGCCAUAUCAACGUCGAUGCCACGGCAGAAAGGCGAAAACUUAAACAAAGUCAGCAGUACAAUUACCCAGCCGAAGUCACAGGGUGCAUCUCAGGCAAUGCUGUACGCCACUGGACUCAGCGAUGAAGACAUGAACAAGGCCCAGGUUGGAAUAUCUUCCGUUUGGUUUACUGGUAACCCUUGUAACAUGCAUCUGCUUGACUUGAACAACAAGGUCAAGGAGGGUGUUGUCAAAGCUGGACUCCUAGGCAUGCAGUUCAAUACCAUUGGUGUUAGUGACGGCAUAUCCAUGGGAACAAAAGGAAUGCGAUAUUCUCUACAGUCAAGAGAUCUCAUUGCAGACUCAAUCGAGACCGUGAUGGGCGGACAAUGGUAUGAUGCCAACAUAUCUAUCCCAGGAUGCGACAAGAACAUGCCUGGUGUCAUCAUGGCCAUGGGAAGAGUAAACAGGCCAUCGAUGAUGGUAUAUGGUGGAAGCAUUAUGCCUGGUUGCGCACGUACAAUGAACAACCAAGACAUCGACAUCGUUAAUGCAUUCCAGUCAUAUGGCCAGUAUAUUGCCGGAGAUAUCACAGAAGAGACGAGAUACGACAUCACACGUAACGCCUGCCCCGGCCAGGGCGCAUGUGGAGGAAUGUAUACCGCCAACACUAUGGCUACUGCUAUUGAGACCCUCGGCUUGACCUUACCUGGAUCCUCGUCAAAUACGGCGAUUUCAAAAGCUAAAGAGCAAGAAUGUCUUGAUGCUGGUGCUGCUAUCAGAAACCUCUUGAAAGAGGACAUCAGACCAAAGGAUAUCAUCACAAGGACUGCGCUGGAAGACGCUAUGGUCCUCAUCAACAUCACUGGAGGCUCAACGAAUGCUGUUCUCCACCUGAUUGCCAUAGCAGACUCCGUCGGUAUCAAGCUCACGAUCGACGAUUUCCAGAGUGUUAGCGAUCGUAUUCCGCUGCUGGCAGAUCUCAAGCCAUCUGGAAAGUACGUCAUGGCAGAUAUCGGAAGAAUCGGUGGAACCCCAUCACUCCUCAAGUUUUUGCUUAAGGAAGGUUUAAUCAGUGGCAGCGGAGUUACAGCCACUGGAAAGACACUGAAAGAAAAUGUGUCCAGCGCACCAGACUUCCCAGCAGACCAAGACAUCAUCCGGCCAGUUAACAACCCGCUCAAGAGUACUGGUCACAUCCAGAUCCUCCGCGGAAAUCUAGCCCCUGGUGGUUGUGUAGGCAAAAUCACUGGCAAGGAGGGACUGAAAUUCACAGGGAAGGCCAAGGUCUAUGACGCCGAGACCGACUUUAUUACCGCUCUCGAAAAUGGCGCCAUCAAAAAGGGAGAGAAGACAGUCGUGGUCAUUCGCUAUGAAGGACCAAAGGGCGGACCAGGUAUGCCAGAGAUGCUGAAACCCAGCUCAGCAAUUAUGGGUUAUGGCCUCGGGAAAGAUGUUGCACUUCUCACGGAUGGACGGUUCAGCGGAGGUAGCCAUGGCUUCUUGAUCGGCCACAUUGUCCCUGAGGCCCAAGAAGGUGGACCUAUUGGACUGGUUCAAGACGGCGAUGAGAUUACUAUUGAUGCUGAGUCGCGCGAGUUGAACGUGGCUGUUAGCGAUGCAGACAUGGAAGCACGGAGGCAAGCAUGGACGCCACCUCCACUCAAGUACUCGAAGGGGACGCUCUUCAAAUAUGCGAAGUUGGUCAAGGAUGCGAGCCAUGGAGCUGUCACGGAUGCUUAAAAAGUAAUACUUCUUGAGGCGUUGGGCUUAAGGCGUUGGCGGAAGAAAGCAUGAGUUUUGCGACAUCUAGGCCAUCUCGAGCUCUUAUGAAUCUACUUGAGGUGUACACAUACAUAUUUGAUCAUGUUGAGGUGGACGUAUCAUUGGGAUUUCGAAACAUACUAUAGUUGUCUGCGAAAAUCCCGUGCAUAAUCAUUUUGCAGAACACGUGGGUCAGUGGUUCGUGGCUUGCAUCUCAAUGGUCCGAGCGGGG